AUGGACCAGAAUCAACAUCACCAGCAGCUUCGGCAGUCUGGGUCGCUGCCCACCCCCCACCAGGGGUCCUCGGCCUCGUCGCCCUCGCAGCUCGAUCUCGACUCGACGCCCCAAGACGUCCUCGCCGAGGCCAGGAAGAACCUGCAGGUCCUCAUCGACUCGGGCUUCUCCAGGGACCUCCUUCACCAGUGGGUCGACGACAGCCAGUCGCUACAGUUUCCUCUGCCCAUCACGGCCCAGUCUUUCGCUUCACCGCAAUCGCAACCGCAGCACUCGCCCACCCCCCAACAUCCACCGCCACCGCCACCGCCCCAACGAUGCGCCCCUCCGCCCUCCCCAUCUCGAACCCCCUCGGCCUCGGAAAGGCCCACGCCUGUCGUCUCCGUCUCCGGCCCGCCUCCCUCCGCCGCCCCGCCGCCAGUUCCGUCCAUCGCCAUCAAGCCCGAGACGCUGCCCGAUGACGUCUCCCGAACCUGGCCUCCCUCGACCCUGGCCUCGCCGAAUCCGCCCCCCGAGCGGCCCACCACCGGCGUUCAUGAUGCCGAUUCCUCCAUCUUCAUGGCUCCCCCUGCGCCCUUCUCUCACUCUCACCGCCCCAGGAUAUCCAUCUCCUCCGUCAGUUCGGGCUCCUCGGGCCACGCCUCCAUUUGGUCCACAAAUUCGGCCCAGUCCUCCUUCUCGUGGCAUUCUGCAACGACAGGCAAUCGCGCCAUGGCCCCCUUGCCCAUGCCCCCUCCCGCUGGCGGCAUGCCCGUCCUCAACGGCUCCCAUGUUGGCUCCUCCGCCACCAGCCCCGGCAGGCAAAACGUCUACUGGUGCACCUCGUGCGAGACCAGCUUCAAGCGCAAGUACGACUGGAAGCGGCACGAGGACGAGUUCCACGAGCGCUGGAGAAAGUACCCUUGUCCUGAGCCCGGCUGCAACCGCAGCUUCUGGGGCUCCAACUCGUUCAACCAGCACCACAAGCAGUGCCAUGGCUGCAAGACGUGUCCCCACGCCGAAAAGGUGGUCAAGUUCCUCCGCAAACGCAAGUACUGGGCCUGCGGCUUUUGCUCCGCCCUCCAUCCGGCCCGCGAGCGCCACGUCGAACACGUCGCCCGUCACUUCGAGUCCGGCAUGACCAAGGGGGACUGGAUGCACUCGAGGGUCGUUUACGGCCUUCUCCACCAGCCCCUCAUCCACGAGGCCUGGGACGCCCUGGUCAACAGCAAGCAGCCCGACUAUACCGGCCGGCGGCCUCAGUUUAGCUGGCACCCGAGUAAGACCGGGCGCGCCCAGGGCUUCCUGGAAAAGGAGAGCGCCGGCCAGCUCCAGGACCUGCUCGAGUUCUUCUCCGGCGACGAGGGCGAGGCGCAGUGGAUUGUCACGUCUGCCUACGAGCUGGCCGACAUUGUCCUGACCUCGGGGCCUCUUGGCUCACCGCAGUUCUCGGGCCCUCCAGCCACAAGCAUGGGUCCGCCUCAACAAUACCCAUCGCAAGACGUUCACGCAGCCUUUCCCACGGUGCCCUCGCAGUCAUCGCACCAAUCCAUGAUGCCGUCUCCGAACCCAAACAGCCAUGAUUCCUACACUUCCACGUUCCGAAACACAAUGUUUGUGCCGUCGCAGCAGUUUUCGACCGCGUCUGGCCCAUCACCAGAAUCCUCGUCACACUCUCCCCUGGCGGCAUCACACUCCCCUUUGACCGCCUCUCAAUCGCCAUUACCGUCGUCACAUUCGCCCCUGGAGACUCGAGCGCUACUGUCAUCCUCGUCCUCGGGCCAUGCCAGUGCCGACUCGAUGGACUUUGAGUACUCUCCGGCUCCCGUUGCAUUCGAGGGCUGGGAUGCCAUUUCAGGGGGCGGAAUGCACGACACAACGCCGCAGCCGUCUGACGCGGGCCAUCAAGGUGCCUGGGGGAUGAUGCAAUACUUUGGGGAUCCGCGAGUCACGUCUUGA